AAAAUCGAAGAGGUAGCGAUGAUGACGUCAUGAGAGGGAAAUACAAACGGAAUAGCGCUAGGUGUUGUCAUCAAGCGAUCGCCGAAAAGACACACAGAAGAGGGCAAAAGGAGAAAUACAUUCAAUAUAUUGUCGCGUCGAAAUGCAGAGAGUUUGCCGUUUGAAGAGAGAACUUGACAUGUUGACCACCGAACCUCCUCCCGGGAUUACUUGCUGGCAGAAUGACGAACGCAUUGACGACCUUCGGGCCCAUUCAGCACAAAACAGUCACUUUCAGAGACCCCAACGAGAUAGUCGGUGGCUCAGGGACUCCAUAUGAAGGUGGAGUCUUUUCCCUAGAGAUAAAAAUCCCAGAGAGAUACCCAUUUGAGCCCCCCAAAAUGCGCUUCUUGACUCCAAUCUACCACCCAAACAUUGACACUGCGGGACGUAUCUGUUAUGAGGCUCUCAAACUCCCUCCAAAGGGAGCCUGGAGGCCCUCCUUAAACCUCUCCACGCUUCUUACCUCCAUCCAACUUCUGAUGGCUGAACCAAAUCCAGAUGACCCACUUAUGGCUGAUAUAGCCUCCGAGUUCAGAUACAACAAGCAGCUGUUUACGCAGAAGGCCAGGAAAUGGACAGAGGAGCAUGCUGUUCAGAAGAUGACGGGAAUCUUGGAGAGCAGCCACAAAGACAAUGUCCCAAAUCACAAUGCACCUUCACGCAAAAGAGCUUCUUCUGGUGCAGAGCAGGAGCGCCACGAGCUGGCAAAGAGAACCGGCGUAUAGUUUCAAACAUUUUUGUUUCAGCCUCGUCUGACACCCUUUUUUCAAUGUAUUUUGCAUGGUUUUAAUCAG